AUGCCGGUUAUGAAAGGAUUACUGGCGCCCCAGAACACCUUCCUGGACACCAUCGCCACCCGUUUUGACGGAACACACAGUAACUUCAUCCUUGCCAACGCCCAGGUGGCCAAGGGUUUCCCCAUAGUCUACUGUUCCGAUGGCUUCUGCGAGCUUGCUGGAUUUGCCCGAACUGAAGUCAUGCAGAAGAGUUGCAGCUGCAAGUUCUUGUUUGGGGUUGAAACCAAUGAGCAACUGAUGCUGCAAAUAGAAAAGUCACUGGAGGAAAAAACAGAAUUCAAAGGAGAAAUUAUGUUCUACAAGAAGAAUGGGUUUCCAUUUUGGUGCCUAUUGGAUAUUGUUCCUAUAAAGAACGAGAAAGGAGAUGUGGUACUUUUUCUGGCCUCAUUCAAAGACAUAACAGACACAAAAGUGAAGAUUACUCCCGAAGACAAAAAAGAAGACAAAGCCAAAGGAAGAUCAAGAGCAGGGACCCACUUUGACUCAGCUCGGAGACGGAGUCGAGCAGUCCUUUAUCACAUCUCAGGGCACCUGCAAAGACGAGAAAAGAACAAAUUGAAAAUAAAUAAUAAUGUUUUUGUGGACAAACCAGCCUUCCCAGAGUAUAAAGUCUCUGAUGCAAAAAAGUCCAAAUUCAUCCUUCUGCAUUUUAGCACUUUUAAAGCCGGCUGGGACUGGCUUAUUUUGUUGGCGACGUUUUAUGUUGCUGUGACCGUCCCUUACAACGUCUGCUUUAUUGACAACGAUGACCUGUCCACGACUCGGAGCACCACCGUCAGUGACAUUGCGGUGGAGAUUCUCUUUAUUAUCGAUAUUAUUUUAAAUUUCCGAACAACCUACGUCAGCAAGUCUGGUCAAGUUAUCUUCGAAGCAAGAUCCAUUUGCAUCCACUAUGUCACCACUUGGUUCAUCAUUGAUUUAAUUGCUGCCCUCCCUUUUGAUCUCCUAUAUGCUUUCAACGUCACAGUGGUGUCACUUGUGCAUCUCCUGAAGACUGUGCGGCUGCUGCGACUGUUGCGUCUCCUGCAGAAGCUGGACCGCUAUUCCCAGCACAGCACCAUCGUCCUGACUCUGCUCAUGUCCAUGUUCGCGCUCCUUGCGCACUGGAUGGCGUGUAUCUGGUAUGUCAUUGGAAAAAUGGAGAGGGACGACAACAGCCUUCUGAAGUGGGAAGUUGGUUGGCUGCAUGAGCUGGGGAAGCGCCUGGAGUCUCCCUACUCGGGGAACAACACGUCGGGGGGCCCGUCCAUCCGCAGUGCCUACAUCGCCGCGCUGUAUUUCACCCUCAGCAGCCUCACCAGUGUGGGCUUUGGCAAUGUCUCCGCUAAUACAGACGCAGAGAAGAUCUUCUCCAUCUGCACCAUGCUGAUUGGUGCCUUGAUGCACGCCUUGGUGUUUGGAAAUGUGACUGCAAUCAUUCAGAGGAUGUACUCCAGAUGGUCCCUCUAUCACACGAGGACCACCGAGCUGAAGGACUUCAUCCGUGUCCAUCAUCUGCCCCAGCAGCUCAAACAGAGGAUGCUGGAAUACUUCCAGACCACCUGGUCAGUCAACAAUGGAAUAGAUUCCAAUGAGCUCUUGAAAGAUUUCCCAGAUGAGCUGCGAUCUGAUAUCACCAUGCACCUGAACAAGGAGAUCCUACAGUUGUCCCUCUUUGAGUGUGCCAGUCGGGGUUGCCUCAGGUCUCUGUCUCUUCACAUCAAAACCUCCUUCUGUGCUCCGGGGGAGUACCUGCUGCGACAAGGAGAUGCUUUGCAGGCCAUCUACUUCGUGUGCUCUGGCUCUAUGGAAGUUCUUAAAGACAGCAUGGUGCUGGCUAUUCUCGGAAAAGGAGAUUUAAUUGGAGCAAACCUGUCAAUUAAAGACCAAGUGAUCAAGACCAAUGCAGAUGUGAAGGCUUUAACCUACUGUGAUCUCCAGUGCAUCAUCCUCAAAGGACUCUUUGAAGUGCUAGACCUUUACCCAGAAUAUGCUCACAAAUUCGUGGAGGACAUUCAGCAUGACCUCACGUACAACCUGCGAGAAGGUCAUGAAAGUGAUGUGAUAUCAAGAUUAUCGAACAAAUCUACAGUCUCACAGUCAGAGCCCAAGGGAAAUGGCAGCAUCAAGAAGCGACUCCCAUCCAUUGUGGAAGAUGAGGAAGAGGAGGAGGAGGGGGAGGAAGAAGAGACUGUCUCCCUCUCCCCCAUCUACACGAGGGGCCCCUUCUCUUCACGAAACAAGAAGGCUGGAAGCAAUAAAAGCUACCUGGGCUUAAGUUUGAAGCAGCUGGCCUCAGGGACAGUGCCGUUUCACUCACCUAUCAGAGUCACCAGUUCGAAUUCUCCCAAAGCCAAACAGGAAGCCGACCUCCCUAACCAUGGGAAGAGGAAAGAGAAGAACUGGAAACUCCAGCUCUCCGCUUUGAAUAGCGCUGGACCCCCGGACCUCAGUCCCAGAAUUGUCGAUGGAAUUGAAGAUGGAAACAGCAGUGAAGAGAGCCAGACUUUUGACUUCGGCUCUGAACGAAUCAGGCCAGAGCCCAGAAUUUCCCCACCUCUCGGAGACCCGGAGAUCGGAGCAGCUGUUCUCUUCAUCAAAGCCGAGGAAACCACGCAGCAAAUUAACAAACUCAACAGUGAGGUAACAACGUUGACCCAGAAGGUCUCCCAGUUAGGCAAAGACCUGAGGAACGUGGUACAACUUCUGGAAAGGGUUCUGUCACCCCAGCUGCCCUCGAGAGUUUGCGCUGCACACGUGGCCUCGCUGGACCCGUCCAGGGAGAGCCUCCCGACCAGGACGGCCCGGGGGCCGCACCAAUCCCGCCUGCACUGGCGGCCGGGCGCCGAUGCUGACAGCCAAGCACCGCUUUGUCCCGGAAACAAUGUCACCUCCGACAUUUGGCGCGUGGGUCCCUCCUCUGUGGGGAGCAGCCCCCAGCGAACUGGAGCUCCUGAGCACACUCCUACAGCCAGUGAACUUUUUCCUUCCCCGGACCUGGAGGAGUCACCUGCCCACUACCAGGUGGCCCACGAAGGUCACUGGCCGUUUUUAAGGUGCAUCUCUCCCCCUUCAGACUCCACGCUGUCGCCUCUACAGUCCAUCUCGGCGACGCUCUCGCGCUCGGCCUCCGUGUGCUCCUCCUCGGAGGCAUCCCUGCACCUGGUCCCCCCCAGCAGAUCCCAGGAGGGCGGCUUCGGCCAAGCACCGGUUAGUUCCUUCAGCCUGGAAAACUUGCCAGGAUCUUGGGAUCGGGAAGGAAUGGCCUCCAUCACGGCCAAACCCAUGGAAAAUUUCCCACUGGAAAUUGUCACCAGCACAGCCGACGUGAAAGAGAGCAAAGCCAUGAAUGUAUGAUACCAGCGCAGGUGACCCAGCUGCUGGACCAAGCCCCCCACUCACUGCAUGACGGCUUUCAUUUGCCUUUUUUUUUUGCCUCUGGCAGGCAAGA